AUGUCUUCUUCCUACAAUCCUAGCAUCAGCUACGGCUCAUCAAGCGGAGGAUCCCCUCCAAACAACUACACCGGCCGUACACCAUAUGGAAAUGUCACUGUCACGCAAGGCAACUCUUCAACUGUCGUCAAUUACGGCGGAUACACGGCCAGCAACUCCAGCGACCCCCGAGCAGGAUACUCUGGCGGCUAUACAAGAUCAUAG